AGGCCACGUCAACAAAAAAGUAAAAUAUUAAUUAUUCUCUGGAAAAAGAGGGUUUAAGUUGAGGUUUAUGAGCAGCCAUGGGAAACUUUCUUUCAGAUUCAAACCCUAGCUCCCCAAAUUCCACCACCACCAUGUCUUCCUCACAAUCCAAAUCCAAGAUUGACCCGACCCACCAAUCAAAACCGGAAAUUGAACCGACCCACGAAGCAAAAUCCGAAAUUGACCCGACCCAUCAACCCGAAACCAGCAAAAACCAAAACCCUAAUGAGGAAAAAAUUGGUGAAAACGACACAUCUUUGGGAGAAAACGAGGAAGAAGAAGAAGAAGAGGGUGAAUGUGGGUUUUGUUUGUUUAUGAAAGGUGGUGGAUGUAAAGAUUCAUUUAUUGAGUGGGAAAAAUGUAUUGAAGAAGGUGAAAAGAAUAAAGAAGAUAUAGUAGAAAAGUGUUUUGAGGUUACAUCUGCUUUAAAGAAAUGUAUGGAAGCACAUUCUGAUUAUUAUGCACCUAUAUUACAAGCUGAGAAAGCUGCACAAGAAGAUUUGGAGAAAGAGGUAAAGGAAAAGGAGAAGGAAGAGCAAAAGAAUGAAGGAAAUGAUAGUUCUUAGCUAAAAAAAGAAAGGUUUAUUAACUCUGCAUAAUCAGAAGAAAAAAAACUGAUCGUUUUUUGGGGGUUAUAGGAGAUUUUGAUAAUUAAAAAGUGGAAAAUUGGGAGAUUCUUUUGAAUGAUAUAAUUUCCAAUAGUAUGGUUUCUUUUGAACUGAAUAAUUAGUUACAUUUGCCUUGUAUCUUUUGUGUACUUGGCGAAAUUGAUUGUAGACUUUAUAGUUUCUUCUGAUUUAUGAUAUGAUGAUGCUGGACUGGGUAGGAGUAAUUUUACAGCUGGA